GCAGGAAGAAACAUGCCGUCAGUGUACUGGAUGAGAACACACUGUGUCAUGUAAAAAGAUAUGACAAAAACAGCCCUCAUUAAAUUACUUUUGGCAAUGGUGAUCAUGUUCAUUUUAGUUUUGCCAGAAUAUUUCAAAACACCAAAAGGAAGCAAGCUGGAGUCAUCAUGUCUGGAAAUGUGUUUACAACCUGAUUUCACCUAUUCACUCUCCUCUUUAAAUUUUUCUUUUGUGACUUUUCUGCAACCAAUAAGGGAAACACAGACUAUUAUGGGAUUCUUUCUAAAUCAUUCCCACUUUCAAAACUUCACCAGGAUUUGCCAAGACAUCAAAAAUGAAUUUAAAAUAUGCUCUUCAUGUUUGGCUUGUGAGUUCAAAGGAAACAUGGAUUUUAUUUCUCAGGAACCAGCAUCAAAAGCUCUUAUCAUGAAAGGACCAACGGAAGUGAAGGCAAAUGAUUUUUAUUCACCUUGUCAACAUUUUAACUUCACUGUAGCUCCUAUAGUUGACCACUUGGAGGAAUAUAAAAUUACCUGUAAUCUAAAAACCCACAUGAGAAAGUCAGCAAUCACAGAGGACGAUCCAGUCAAGGAAAAGUUUAUAAACCAUACUUGUGGAAUUAUGGAAUACCUGAAUAAUUGUACGCACAUUUCUUUGUACCUCGAUAAAAAAAAUUUCACUUGUUCCAUUAAGAUCAUUUGGUAUGUUUUAGUACUAUUCGUUUUUAUAUUUUCACUCAUCCUUGUUAUCCACAAACUGCUUGAAGGUCACAGAAGAGUGCAGAUGUGGCAAAGUCAUAAAUACAAACCUACAUCUGUUCUCUUAAAAGGAAGUGAUUCUGAGAAACUGCGAGCAUUGAACAUACGGGUUAUUUCAGAGACCACACACAGGCUGCCCUUGACUCAGGUCAAGGAAAGGCUUCCUCCAAUACCAGAACUAGAAGUUGCUUCCACGGUGCACCAGCAAGAUCAAUAUACAUGAAUAUCUUUCUGAAUUCUUCUGGAAAAUUUGGACUGAACCCUUUUGAAGAAGAACACCCAUAAUUUUAUUUUGGGAAUGAGUUAACUGGUAAAUACAUGGGUCCAGCUGAGGAUGCAUAACAGGAAACAGUAGGAAAGCUGUCCGGUUGAUGAAAACAAGCUCACGAGCACUUAUUUUACCCAUGAGACAAGGUUUUUCAGGAAGCCAUUAUGAGUCAUGGAAAAAAAGCUGAUGUAACUCAUGAAAAGCAGCGAGAGAAUGCUUACUCUUCAUGUUUACCCAUCCUACAGCUUACAAUGUUCCCUAGAUUUUGAUUUGGAGUAACCAAAAAUAGGGUCAAGGACGGAAAUCCUUCCUCUCAUUGUCCCACACUGCAUAUUCUUAUUUGAUGGGUUUUCCCAUACAGAUGGUUUGUUUCUAUUUGGCAAAUUACUUAAGAGGGCUGGGAUCGUUUGUUUAUACAUUUGUUUGGAUUUACAGAUCUUGCCUUCUUUUGGCACUAAGGAUGUUAAAAAAAAUUCAAGGAUACCAAAAUAAAAUGAAUUUAGGUGAGAUAUUAAGUGAAAAUUGAAUGUUUAAAUUGAAUAGCAAAAUGUUUCCUCUGAUUCUUUUGGCUUUUACAUUUUUUAUAGCUGUCAUUGUUGCCAAGAGUAAUUGUAGUUGUUACAAUCAAAGCACAUACAGACAGGUGGGCAGAACUUCAUGCUGAAAAACAGGAGGGCAGAACUUCAUGCUGAAAAAUAGAAAAAUACCUUCCCAGAGUUAAGGUGGAAUUUAAUCUCCUGGUAUCAUUAUAUGGUUAAAAUAGCUUAUCUGAGUAGCUUUCCAGAGUUCAACUGCAGGGUCAGAUUUAAUAUUCAACACCUGCCAGAAAUGAAUGUUUCUGCACAUAGAGGUUUUUCUGGUACUCCAUUUUUUUUGCUAGAUAAAAAACAGAUUCUAAUCGUAAAAUUUAGGGAUUAAAGAUUUGGCAAAUGGAAUUCUACUAGUCUCAGUUUUUCUUGUCUGUGUAUCGCUGGUUAAUAGGUGAAUCAGGCUCAGGUCUGGGAUCAUUCAGCAGGAGUUUAGGGGUGUCACACUAUUUGAGGUACGGAUAUUAUACAUUCUAUAAGAAGCCAAAUUAUUGUUUACUUGGGCAUCACCUAUUAUGUUGAAGCAAAUGACUUGGAAAUCAAUAGGAACUUGGCCCACAAAAGGCAUAAAUUAAGCUUCAAGUUCUGUUAAAUUGUGGUAGCUUUCUGGAAACUAAUUUCACUUAUUUGUUAGAGUCAUAGACUUUAACAGAUCCUUUGAUUAGCAUUCAGAGAUGUGGGUGGCCUGCUGUUUGCCCACAAAGAGCUGACAAUGUGGUGGAGGAGGCAGGAUAUGCAUACCACUAGUUGUGCAACUAGACACAAUAGGGUAAGUUUCAUUUACAGGUGUGAUGCUUCCUGCUGAGAAGUCACACACCAAUAGGGCCAUUUCCAGUUGGGGGUGAUCAGAGUAGGCUUCUCAAGAAGGUGGCUUUUGAGCCGCAUCAAAGAUGGCUUUUCCUGAUAUCUCAAAAUAGGUCAAAUCUCCCAAGUAUGUGCUUUCUCAGCCCUCAUAGCCCUUCCAUGUCUGUUAUUUACAAUUAUUUUCACGGUUAUUAAUUAAUGUUAGUCUUCCUCUGUAGAUUAGUUCUGCUCACCAUAGGAUCCCAGGCAACUAGUAUGAUGCUCAGCUCACAGCAGGUUCUUAAUAAAUAUUUGUUGGAUGAAGAGCUGUUUACUGAUCCCCCUUAAACCUCAGGCACAUGCUAGGUAUACUUUCAUUUCUUUCUCACAGUGUCUCCUGGAGAUAGUUGUCACUACUCCUAAGGAAGCUGAGGCCAGAAAAGCUCACCAAUUUACCUACAGCCUUAGGACUAAUAUGUGGAUUCAACCCUGGGUCUGUCCGGCUACAAAGCUGGUGCUACUUUCUGUACCUGCUCUGCUGGGUAGAGAUGGGGCAAAGGGAGCAGGUCACUUGGAGGAGGUACCUGAGAAAAGGGGCUCCAGAUGUAAGCACUAGCAGUGCUCUCUCCCAGGAGUGCAAGGGGUUACUGUGCUCUUGAAGAAGAUAUCUGGCUGGAACUGCUUCUUGGUUGCUGGUCCUGUAUGUCUCCUUUUGCCUGGCAACUUGGCUCUCUUCUCCAUCUAAGUAGCUCCAAAAAAGAAUGAAUCUGUGGUCCUCGGUGCCUGGUGUGGUUCAUGGCUUCCAAUCUCACCAAUGGCCCUGGCUUUAAGCAUACCCCACUUUUCAACUGGUUCUAAAUCUGACUUUGGCAGAUCCUGAGCCCCCUCCCUAGGACUUGUCACUUAAUCCUGUGUCUGUGGCUCUCACCGCAGGUGCCCUUCCUCAACUGCAACCCAUACUCACCUCCUUGACCUCUGUUCCCACUUAGUAGCCAGGAUCCUGGCCCUCCAUGCAAAUCAAUGCAGGUAUAGAUUGAAGAGGGUGGAGAGACAAUACGGCACCAUGCUGGAAGGCUGCCAGAAUGACUCAGUCAUUGAGCAGACACAGUGGAAUUAGAGCAGAAGGCAGCAUACAUAGGGGAGAGGAUAUGAAGGGAGAAUUGGUGGCAUAUGGAGAAUGAUCUGAUGCAGGGGUAGGGCAGGGAAAGGGAGAGAGAAGAGAUAAAGAUGACAACCCUCCAGACUUCUGUGUGGGGGAAACUGAA